GGCAGUCAGUUAGUGACAAACAAGCCGAGCACACAACGCAGCACACACCUGAGUACUUUCACAGUCAGGUGACAAGACGGAGACAUCGACGACGACAGCGACACGAGGUGGGAAAGGACCAAGGAUGAACCUGAGCACCCUCCUGAGGAGUGUGAGCAACGGUCUUGGCUUCGGAACCGCCACGAGAAAGAGCGACUUGGGCCGUCACCUGGGCACUCCUAGCUCCACGUCGAGCUCGCCUUCCAAUAAUUCAAAUUUGGAUCCCGUUUCCAGUCUCUUAAUUCCCUCGGAGGACGAAGACGAGGCCAUAUCACUGGGCGAAAAUCACCUGGCCUCAGCUGAUGCCAGUCUGAGCAAAAACCUGUCGACCAAUCCCUACCAGCAGACCGUCCAACAGAUACUGCGUCUGGUGAACGAACUGGAGCACACAAUUCACGAGGAUCGGCAGCAGGAGUUCAAGCUCCGAAUGGCCCUCGACAGGCAGACAGAACGGGUUCAGGAACUGGUGUUUUCACUGGACACGGAAAGGAAGCGAAACGAGCGACUGGUGCAGCUGCUCCGGGGAAUCGAUAGCUCCAGUUCGGGUGAGAGCGAUCCGGAGAAGACGGGCCCCAGCGGCUCCCACGUGAACUCCAUUGGUGAGCUGUACGACUCCAUCAGUCCCCUGCUGAUGCAACAGCGUUACGUUGAGCUCUCCGUGUCCCAUCGCCAGAGUCGUCGGCAGUUAGCCAAAAGGGAAAAGGCUCUCAAGGUACUUCAAAGCAAAACGGAGCAGCUGCACUCCAAAUACGACGAGCUAUUCGAUGAGUACCGGAGUGAACAGCGUCGCUUCGAGAUGCUGUGCACCCGCUAUAUCCAAAUGCAGUUGAAGAAGAAACAGCAAAUCUUCAACCUGAAGAAUACACUCGGUCAGGCUAGCGAGUGUAUAUUCCAUGCCCAGGUGGUCAUCGAUGAGUGUUGUCAUGCGGAGAAGCCGCCCAUUUCUCCGGAGAAUCUGGAGAACUUUCGCAGGAAUCUAGAGUGCUUUAUGGAUGCCCUCAGGAACUGCUGCUGCCUGCGAAAAGUCCACGAGCUUCAGCAGCAGCAGCUCAAAAAGGAGGAAAUGGAAAAGUGUCAGAGCCAGAAUCCAGUCGAUGACUUGCUCACUCCGAGGGCCAGGGAACGCUCAAGUCAAGAGCAGAGUAGUGACACCUACGUUCAGAAUCUCUCCAAUCGACAUCCUCGAUUUCGUCGUUACAGGCAUUCAGCUCGUUAAAUCUUCACUUUUGGUUACUACUUAACGUUAGGUUUGAAAUCUUUUAACUAGAAAAAAUUGUGUCAUUUAGACAAUGGAAAGUGUAAAAAAAUAACAAAAAUAUGUUUAUGCGAAAUAUAAAAACUAAGAAAACCACA